AUGUGCACCUACAUCUACACCCUGCACAAGGACUGCAUGCACAAGCAGUAUCAAAACAUCUUCAAAUGCGCCUCAGCUCGGGGCAGUAUGCCGAACCUGCCCUCCCACGGCCUCACCCUCGAUAGAACCCUUCACCUGCCCGACGUCCCACCGUGGGAGGUCCCGGACCCAAUGUGCAACGAGAGAGCCAAGAUAGCGACGAGGCCUGUGAAUGGUCGGUGCCGGGCGUGUAUGGGGAGAGAGAGGGAGCUGAAGGCUUUGGAAAGGGAGGGUACAAACACAGCGGCAGGUGUCAGGACGAGCAUUCUUGGAUUGGAGCAGCUUGUCGCCGCGUCGAAGCCGUUGGACAUGGGCAAGUGA